AUGAACGACUGCGCCAUCCAAUUACCUACUGAAGACGAGAAAUGGUUGAGCUUCCGCAACAUCAACAAUAAGGAGCGCGUGCCGUUUGUCGUCUAUGCCGACCUGGAGUGUACAUUGGAGAAGAUGGAGAAGGAGGAUAUGGAAAUAUCGUACCAACAGCAUCAUCAAGUAUUUAGCUUGGGAUAUUAUGUACAUUGUUCGUACGAUGACACAUUAUCGGGAUAUUGGUUUUAUCGCGAUAAGGAUUGUAUCGCAUGGUUCACUAAACAACUAGAGAAAUUAGCGCAUCGCGUAAAAUCAAUUUUAUCUGCUAAGGUCCCCAUGGAAACUCUAUCGAAAGAGCAAUGGGAGGCAUAUCGUAACGCAAAGCAGUGUCAUAUUUGUGAUAAGCCGUUCGCACCGGAUGAUACACGAGUGCGAGAUCAUUGCCAUCUCACCGGUCGUUAUCGCGGUCCCGCGCAUUCGCUUUGCAUAUUCCCAUACGAGUAUGUUGACUGUGUCGCAAAAUUGAAGGAAACGCGUUUGCCAUCGCGCGAAUUAUUCUUUAGUUCGUUGACGGGCGAUACCGUGUCCGAGAGUGAUUACGCGCACGCCAAGAACGUAUGGGAUCGAUUCUCUAUUCGAACGCUGGGCGAAUACAGUGAUUUGUAUUUGAAAACAGAUGUAUUGUUGUUAGCCGACGUUUUUGAAAAUUUUCGUGACAAAUGUGUCGAAAGUUAUGGUCUCGACCCCGCACAUUACUAUACAUUACCGGGAUUCACGUGGGACGCUAUGCUUAAAUAUACACGCGUCAAUUUCGAGUUGCUCACCGACAUCGAUAUGGUAAUGUUUAUUGAGCGCGGUAUACGCGGAGGUCUGAGUCAAUGUUCCGGCAGAUACGCGCAGGCUAACAACAAGUACAUGCAGACGUACGACCCAUCGAAACCAUCGUCGUACCUCAUGUAUUUAGAUGUAAAUAAUUUGUACGGAUGGGCAAUGUGUCAGCCGCUGCCCUAUGGAGAAUUUCAAUGGGUCGAAGACGUCUCAAAUUUUGACGUAAAUGCGAUCGCUGUUGAUUCGCCCACAGGGUACAUUCUCGAAGUCGAUCUGGAGUAUCCACAACAUCUGCACGAUCGACAUACUGACCUACCGUUCUGCCCGACGCGCGAUAAGCCGCCUGGCAAGCGAGAACGUAAACUUUUAGCGACCUUGCACGAUAAGAAGCGGUACGUCAUUCAUUAUCGCAACUUGCAGCAAUGCACUCGUCAUGGUCUCCGCAUAACACAGAUACAUCGUGUAUUACAAUUCGUUCAAUCCACCUGGCUUCGCGAUUAUAUCGAGUUAAACACACAAUUUCGUACCCUCGCGAAAAACGAUUUCGAGAAAAAUUUAUAUAAAUUGAUGAAUAACGCCGUAUUCGGAAAAACUAUGGAAAAUGUGCGCAAUCACGUAGAUGUAAAACUUUUGACAAAAUGGACAGGACGAUACGGUGCGGAGGCAAUGAUUGCUAAACCAAAUUUCCACAGUCGCAGUGUUUUUGCAGAAAAUUUAAUUGCAGUCGAACUCCGAAAACUUGAAGUGAAAUUCAACAAGCCGAUUUAUGUAGGUAUGUGUAUACUAGACAUAUCGAAAAUUUGCUUGUAUGAAUUUCACCACGAGUACAUGCUACCUUUGUACCAUGACAAAUCUAAAGUCAUGUACACAGAUACUGAUAGUCUCGUGUAUCACAUCGAGUGCGACGACGUAUAUGAAAAUAUAAGACGCGAUAUCACAAGGUUCGACACGAGCGAUUAUCCGACUGGUAACGCGUACGGUAUGCCUCUUGCGAACAAAAAAGUUCCCGGGCUAAUGAAGGACGAAAACAACGGUGCGAUAAUGACCGAGUUCGUUGGACUCAGGGCGAAAAUGUACGCGUUAAAGGUGGAUGGAAAAAAUGACACUAAAAAGGCAAAGGGUGUAAAGUGUAACGUUGUCGCAAGAACGAUAACAUUCGACGACUACAUGCGGUGUCUGCGAGAUGAGAUAGAGAUGACGCGUCAUCAGUCGUGUAUACGAUCUAAAUUGCAUGAGGUAUACAUGAUACGUGAAACGAAAAUCGCUCUAAGUCCAUACGACGACAAGCGGUAUCUCGUACCUGAUUCGGUAAAGACGUUGCCGUGGGGGCAUUAUCAAAUACCUUUAUAA